CCGUGGACGGAUGUUCUUCAAUCUCUCACUUCUCAAGCAGCAUUUUGGCCGUAUCUAAGAGCAGCUAUCAUGAUAGAUGAUGGCCUUCAGCGAAGAAUACUGAGGUUUCGACAAUGACCCACUACACACCAUUCGUGUCGCACCGCACCCAGGAGGCCACGCACGCUUAUCAUGGCGAAUUUGAACAUUCGCCCGCAAAACGGCGCCGGGUCGAAAAUGAGUUCGAGCAGAACAUGUCGGCCCAGACAGAGGUUAAUCUCAAUCCGCACACCUACAAUCACAUGGAAACGUCAACUUCUACAUGCUUGUGGGCAUAUGAAUCCUCUACAUAUCAGUUCGGGCAGCAGAUGACCGUUGUCGAUCGGUCUGUUCCUGAUGCAGGGAUGAAUGGAUGGAAGUUCGAAACGAAUUGGAAUGCUCAAAGCCAAUUCGUCUUCACGGAUGCGAUGCCACAAGCAGAUCCAGCCACUGGUACCGAGUUUCACGCGCAAUGCUCUACUUCGAUUCUUCAUCACUCAGUUUCAAUUCCAGCUGCUUCAUACGAAUAUUUCUCUGAACCGAUGCCAACAGACAACGUUUCUCGACGCUCAUCAUGCACCCCUUCUGCGAAUAACACAGAAGCUAACCAGGUGUGCUUUGGUAUGAUCACGGAUCUACAAGCAGAACUAGACAUGGCACUUUACUUACCUCUUCACGAUCGCCGAGCUGCAGUGUUCUCGUCGCCGUGCGGACUGUACAUCGGCGGAUCUCUCGCAGGAACCUUCGAUGAAAGAAGUGCCCAGAUCCUUCAAGUUCUGUCCGAAGAUCCUUUGAUUGAUAUACAGAUUAUCCUGCCAAUACCGGCAGCUACAAUGGGUAAGCCUAAAAAGCUCACGCCAGGUCGGUUUGGCUGGUCCCCAGUGUCAAUUAAUGUAUACGGCUCGAAAUCCUUUGCUGGAGAUGUGGGGAACUUUUGCCAGACUUGCAACUUGUACUUACAAGAUCCUCUUGAAUGCGACCGGAACGUGCCCUAUUGCAACCCACAUCGAUUCGCUCUAUCCGAAGACGAACCUCGCCUCACAUUCGAUCUCAACGAAACCAGUUUGGGCAAAACUGUCACGCAGCUGCACUACUCCAACCUUCUUGAUAGUCUCGUCUCAUCGGGAGCGCUGCAUGAACUUGAAACACCACCUCACCUCAGGACUGCGCUACUGCCGCAUCAGCGACAGGCUUUGUACUUCAUGACACAGCGAGAGCUAGGUUGGGCGUACGAAGAUACUUCAUGCGAUAUCUGGACGAAAGUGAGAGGCACACACCAUGACAUUUAUCGCAAUAAUAUAACUGGGACAUGGCAACAAUGUCGACCAACGCAAUUCAAGGGAGGAAUCCUUGCUGACGCGAUGGGCCUAGGAAAAUCAUGCAGCAUGAUUGCAUUGAUGGCAAACGACUGGCAGGGUGAUUCUUCCCAUCCAACUGCUCUUGAAGAAGGAAUUAGGGGAAUAGUCGAAGUCUCCGCUACACUCCUGAUUGUCCCACCUUCACUUAUUCUUACCUGGGAGGAACAAUUACAAAGACAUCUCAAAUCUCCGCAAUCGCUAAGGAUACGUCGACAUCAUGCCUCAAGACGUGUUCUAGGGAUCGACGAGUUGCGAAGGUAUGAUGUUAUUAUUACUACCUAUCAGACGGUCGAGUCCGAAUGGAGAACGUGUUCGCAGUCAAAGCCGCUACCUUUGUUUGCGGCCCAUUGGCGACGAAUAGUCUUAGACGAGGACUAUGUGAGCAACAGAUCGAGCAACACAUUCAAGGCUAUUUGCGACCUGAAUGCCCACGCCCGCUGGGCCGUAACUGGGACACCGCUACAAAAUCGGCUUGGUGAUCUGGCCACAAUCUGCCAGUUCCUACGUGUGUACCCGUACGACGAUCGUGAAACCUUCGAGAGAGAUCUAGUAUCACUUUGGAAAGCCGGGCAUAAUGACACAGCCAUCUCCAGACUCAAGCGACUAUUCCAGUGCAUCCUCCUCCGUCGGACCCAGGGCAUUGUUGAUCUACCAACGAGGACCGAUUUGAAGUUCUCCUUGAAGCUUAACCACGAAGAACGAGAUUACUAUAGCGCAGUUGAGAGCAAUGUUGCCUCUACCAUUGACGCAGCAUUAAACAAUUCGAGUCACACCGCCACGACUUUUGCGAGCAUAAUCCAGCAGAUCAACGAGCUUCGACUAAUAUGCAACCUCGGCACACAUCGAAAGUCUGCGAAGAAAACAUGUAUUCCGGACAGCGGUGCCUGGAAUUCGCGAACAGCGCAAAGAGCACUAUCUGCCUUGGGCACCACUGAUAUCAUCACAUGCAACGUUUGCAGCCUUGAUCUAAACGCGAGCAUGAUGCAGGAUGGGCUAGGCUCUGAUCUCAUCCUGUGUUCUACGCGAGUUAUGAUAUUCAGUUGUCUCAAAAUCGUUUGCGAGAGCUGCAUGAGUCAGGACCUAAGACUUCAAUGCGGCUGUACGCCAUCUUGUCUUAGCGCAACCGCCUUGUACACACCUGGAAGCACAGUAUCAGAAGCUUCUUCACCAGCCCCGUCGGUUUCUGAUACACCCGAGGAGUCCCUACCUACAAAGAUCAAAGCUCUAGUCACGGACUUACUCGACCAACCAAUGGGAACCAAAAGUAUCGUAUUUUCCUUCUGGACAUCAACGCUCGAUCUCGUCGAGAAAGGCCUUUUACAGGGUUCUAUCAAUUACACACGGUACGACGGCAAUACUUCCCAAAGUAAUCGAUCCCGCGCAUUGAAGAGGUUCCGAGAAGACAAGGAUCUUCCUGUCAUCUUAAUGACAAUAUCCUGUUCGGCUGUUGGAUUAGACAUUACAGCUGCUUCGAGAGCCUAUAUUAUGGAACCGCAAUGGAACCCUACUGUGGAAGAGCAAGCGCUAGCGCGCGUACAUCGUAUGGGGCAGACGAGAGAAGUAACCACGAUUCGCUUCGUGAUGGAAGGGACAUUUGAAGAGAGGGUUGUGGAAACACAAGAGAAGAAGCGGGAACUGGCUGACUUGCUCCUCUCGUCAGAUUUGCAUACGGAAAAAGAGCAUAGUCUUGACAGACUGAAGUAUUUCCGCUCGCUGCUGAAAUGAAGACGAAGCUAAGGCGUCCUUGCUAAGCUAUUGCUCUUACAAAAAAACCGUCCAGGCUUCAGAGACUUAACCAAUCGUAAUAUUGGCUCUACAGGCUAGCGAAAAUACACCUUCCACGAUGAUUUGGGUCCACAUAGUUGUCGACUCAUGAGUUUGAGAGACAGGACGGCGCAAAAAGGAAGAUAAAAGCAGAUGAAGUUUGCUGUCAAGUAUAUGGAAGGUGUUGGUAUCAACUUGAGAAGAAUUUUAAUGCUACCAUGUUCGAAUCAGAAAAGUCUUUCUAUAG